AUGGUGAUCUUGACGUCUUCCUCCUCACGCCCACAGCCCUCACGUCACGCCCACAGCCCUCACCUCACGCCCACAGCCCUCACCUCACGCCCACAGCCUUCACGUCACGCCCACAGCCCUCAGGUCACACCCACAGCCCUCAGGUCACGCCCACAGCCCUCAGGUCACGCCCACAGCCCUCACCUCACGCCCACAGCCCUCAGGUCACGCCCACAGCCCUCACCUCACGCCCACCGCCCUCACAUCACGCCCACAGCCCUCACCUCACGCCCACAGCCCUCACGUCACGCCCACAGCCCUCACCUCACGCCCACAGCCCUCAGGUCACGCCCACAGCCCUCACCUCACGCCCACCGCCCUCACGUCACGCCCCACAGCCCUCACCUCACGCCCACAGCCCUCAGGUCACGCCCACAGCCCUCACCUCACGCCCACCGCCCUCACGUCACGCCCACAGCCCUCACGUCACGCCCACAGCCCUCGCGUCACGCCCACAGCCCUCGCGUCACGCCCACAGCUCUCGCGUCACGCCCACAGCACUCGCGUCACGCCCACAGCUCUCGCGUCACGCCCACAGCCCUCAGGUCACGCCCACAGCCCUCAGGUCACGCCCACAGCCCUCACCUCACGCCCACAGCCCUCACCUCACGCCCACAGCCCUCGCGUCACGCCCACAGCCCUCGCGUCACGCCCACAGCCCUCGCGUCACGCCCACAGCCCUCGCGUCACGCCCACAGCCCUCACGUCACGCCCACAGCCCUCACGUCACGCCCACAGCUCUCGCGUCACGCCCACAGCCCUCGCGUCACGCCCACAGCCCUCGCGUCACGCCCACAGCCCUCGCGUCACGCCCACAGCCCUCAGGUCACGCCCACAGCCCUCAGGUCACGCCCACAGCCCUCGCGUCACGCCCACAGCCCUCGCGUCACGCCCACAGCCCUCGCGUCACGCCCACAGCCCUCGCGUCACGCCCACAGCCCUCGCGUCACGCCCACAGCCCUCACGUCACGCCCACAGCCCUCACGUCACGCCCACAGCCCUCACGUCACGCUUACAGCCCUCACGUCACGCCCACAGCCCUCACGUCACGCCCACAGCUCUCGCGUCACGCCCACAGCCCUCGCGUCACGCCCACAGCCCUCGCGUCACGCCCACAGCCCUCGCGUCACGCCCACAGCCCUCACGUCACGCCCACAGCCCUCACGUCACGCCCACAGCCCUCACGUCACGCCCACAGCCCUCACGUCACGCCCACAGCCCUCACGUCACGCCCACAGCCCUCACGUCACGCCCACAGCCCUCACGUCACGCCCACAGCUCUCGCGUCACGCCCACAGCCCUCGCGUCACGCCCACAGCCCUCGCGUCACGCCCACAGCCCUCGCGUCACGCCCACAGCCCUCACCUCACGCCCACAGCCCUCACGUCACGCCCACAGCCCUCACGUCACGCCCACAGCCCUCACGUCACGCCCACAGCCCUCACGUCACGCCCACAGCCCUCACGUCACGCCCACAGCCCUCACGUCACGCCCACAGCCCUCACGUCACACCCACAGCCCUCACGUCACGCCCACAGCCCUCACCUCACGCCUACAGCCCUCACGUCACGCCUACAGCCCUCACGUCACGCCCACAGCCCUCACGUCACGCCCACAGCCCUCACGUCACGCCCACAGCCCUCACGUCACGCCCACAGCCCUCGCCUCACGCCCACAGCCCUCACGUCACGCCCACAGCCCUCACGUCACGCCCACAGCCCUCACGUCACGCCCACAGCCCUCACGUCACGCCCACAGCCCUCACAGCUCCGGCUGUAA